AUGCCCCAGUCCCGCAGAGGGAGGGGACCCCGCCUGGCCGGCUCCCGAGUGGCGAACACUAGCCUCCCGCAGGCGCCGGCCCAGCUGCCGAGGCGCGCCGUCCGCGGGGCCCGGCCGUCGAGCCAUGCGCAACACCUCACCCGGCGGCGCCAUUCCUCCGAGCAGGUCCCAGAAGGGCCCGAACCGCAGGCUGACUUCCGCUCGGGCAAGUGGCUCCAGGAGCGCGCCGGAGGGGACGCCGGGGACUCGCGGCUGUCUCCGCGUGCUGAGAUGGGCUCCAGGGACAGGCUCUGUAGUUGGGAAGAAGUAGUAGUGAUCCCUUAUACUUCUGACAGUGAUUCAGGAAGUGUGGAUUUGCAGCUGAGCAACUUAGAGGAUAUUAAAAAGAGCCCAAGUAGCCUUGAACUUACAGAUAGGUUCAGACCCCUGACCCACGAGGACCCCUUCAGUGAGGCCACUGUUAAGCAGCUGAUUCAAUCCAUCCAGGAGUAUUUUAAUGGUGAGCUAAAGAGUGAACACGAGAAGCUGACAUACCUAAGAUCUUUGUCUUCUCUCAGCCAAACUUUACCUUAUGAUGAAACUACAGAAUCAUUUAUUCACAGCCACAUCGCAGACAUUGUGCAUAUCCUAUAUAUUCUGGUGGAAGAGGAACCCCUGCAUUCUAUCUUCAGCCCUGUGCGCCAGGAGGUUUUUGUCACAAUUACUGACCUCAGUUAUCAGGAUGUCCAUUUGCUGUUUGGCUCUGAAGAUCGAGUUGACUUGUUCAAUCUUAUCACCAAAAGUAUAAUCACUCUGCCCUCUGAAAAGACUCUUACCCAGCUGCAGGGAAUAAUGCCAAGCGGAUCCUGCAACUCAGAGGGUCUCUACAGGCAGACGUUUCAGGUGUUCUCUGAGAUGCUACAGAGUUUGGUGGUAAAAGACCCUCAUUUGGAAAAUUUUGACAUCAUUUUGAAGCACAUGGACCCAUGGUUACUGUCAAUUGAAGACCAUGAGCGGGAAAGAGCCGCAGCCACCAUGGCUCGAGUUCUAAAGUGCUUAUGCAUGCAUCUCAACUUGAAGCUUCCACUGAGAUUCCAAAGACUUGGACACCUAGUGGCUCUGAUGGUUCUACUGUGUGGGGACCCAUUGAAAGAGGUGGCCGAGGAGGCUGCAAAGGGCAUGCACUACCUGCUGCAUAUCACCUUACGGCUGAAGUAUAUCACUGAGGACAAGAAAAAUCACCCAGUCUUGAGAGGAGCAAUAAAAAACUGUCAAGAACUCCUAGGAGUCUACAGUAUUAAACAGUUCUACAAUUGUCCCUUCACAAUUGCCCAGAUCUUUGAAGUUUUUUUCGAUUCAAAUGAGCUCAGCCAGUUUGUACUGACUGUACUGAAUGGACUAAGAAACCUGAAACAUCCCUAUAUCCAGAAAUCAGCAGGAGAAUUGUUGGUAUCAUUUGUGGAAAAUGCGGAGUCCCAAAUUGAGAAGGUGCCAGAAAUUAUGAGAGUUCUUUGUGCCCAGCUAUCCAUGAUCAGCCAGCCUAGUAUCCGCCAACAAGUCAUAACCAUCGUGAGUUUGUUUAUCUCCAGGCCCAAGUACACAGAUAUGGUUCUCAGCCACCUUCUAUGUUAUCCAGUACCAUAUGACAGGAAUCUGGCUGAGAUUUGGAGAACUCUGAAGGUGAAGCUGCCCAGUACCACCGGGAUCAUGUCAAGGCUCCUGAGGAAGCUGCAGAAAUACCACAAUCAGCCCACCCAGGAGAAGAUGGCCUAUGUGGCUGUUGCUGCAACAGAUGCCCUUUAUGAGAUGUUUAUGGGAAACAAGUUCCAAGAAGCUGUGUCCCAACUCUUUCCUCAGCUUCUCAUGACAUUGCUCAUCCAGAUUCACCACAGCAUUGGCCUCACCAUGUCUGAUGUUGCCAUCCCAACUGGCCUGUACACAGAGCAGAAAACGUCUUCAAGGGUCAUCCCUUUGUGCCUUGCCAUACAGGCUACAAAGACUCUCCUCCUCAGAACACCGUGCUUGCAGGAAUUCAACAUCAUGGAAAAGAGUAAAGGAUGGACCCUCCUGGCAGAAAAAGAGUGCCAUCUUCAGGGGGUAUCUCUCCUUGCCAAUGCAUUGCUGGAAAGAAAUUGCUUCGUUGCAAAUAAGAUCUUGUACUUGUUAGUCCCUCUUCUUAACCGAGGGAAUGAGAAACAUAAACUCACGUCUGCAGGCUUUUUUGUGGAGCUUCUCCAGAGUCCAGUGGCUAGGAGACUGCCCAGCAUAUACUCUGUUGCCCGCUUGAAAGACUGGCUACUUCAUGGAAAUAAUCUCUUUAAAAUUCUUUCCCUGAGGGGACUGUACUACCUUAUCAGAAACAAGAAUAUGAGGGAAGACAUCAAGAGCAUGUUGCCCUGCAUCUUAAACCAGUUAUGUGAAACUGAUGAGAAGAUUGUUUUAUUGGCCAUCCAGAUACUCCUGCAGCUUGUUAGUACAAUGGAUUUCUCUACCCUGACUUCCAUGAUGGGGAUGCUGUUCUCCUUAUUUGGUGAUGUGAGAUCUGAUGUUCAUCAUUUCUCUAUGACCCUCUUUGGAGUCUCCAUAAAGUCUGUGAAACACACAGAUAAGAAGGCUGUAGAGAAACAAGUCCUGGACAGCUUGGUCCCACUACUUCUAUAUUCUCAGGAUGAAAAUGAUGCAUUAGCUGAGGAGAGCAGGCGAGUCUUAACUAUAUGCGCCCAGUUCCUGAAGUGGAGGCUGCCCCCAGAAGUGUACCACAAAGAUCCCUGGUACAUCAACCCUAGUGAAGUUGAAACAAUCUGCAAAUUCCUCGGAAAAAAAUGCAAGGGGAAAGUUAACAUCCUAGCCCAAACAUUGACGUUCUCCAAGAAUGCAAAACUUCCUAUCAGAAGAGCAGCGGUCUUGUUUAUAGGGCUCUUUUCAAAGUACUUGGAUCACAAUGAGCUCAGGAUGAAGGGUACUAAAUGGAUAGUGGAUGAUCUGAGGCAUCUGCUGCAUGACCCUGAGCCCUCUCUGUACAUCAUCACUUCCCAGGCCUUGUACCAAAUUCAGAACAUGGUGGGUGUACCAGAUUCCGAGGAGACAGUUUGCGGGUUGAACUUCAUGGAUUGUCUUCCUACGUAG